AAUAAUAAUAAUAAUAAUAAAACAACAAUCAGAGUUAGUUUUUCAAUAUAUGCCUACAAUAUCAAUCCACUUGAUAAUUUAUAAUAUUAACAAUGGGAUUCCAUUCACAACUCAUCGUGGUCUCGCUGUUCAUCUUUUUAACUACAGUACUUUCAUUUAAAGUUGAAAUGGAGCCACCUCAACGUAGGAUUACUGUAGAGAAUGGAAGCGACCUGGUUCUUACAUGCCGUGCCAAAGACUGUCCUUCCCCGACAUUCAGCUGGAUAGCAUUGGAAGAUAAACCGAUGUACAUGAAGCUCGAGAACGACGUAUUAGAGUCGCGUGCUGUCCUUACACCUGUGCUCAGAGAGAACGAUAACACUUACAUCUGUAAAGUGACGUGUGGAUCACAGAGAGCACAGAAGUCUAUUGAAGUAAAAGUGUACUCUUGCCCCAGCGAUCCUGUCAUUGAACCCCACGCCCCUUUUCAGGAAGGGAAAGAAGCGGCUCUCACCUGCAAAGUCCAGGAUGUGUAUCCACCGGAGUACCUGGAGAUUCAGUGGCUGGAAGGGGAACGUGUCCUCAAAGAAUCAGACUACCAGGAUAGCAGCGCUUUGUCAUUAACUUACAAGUUCGUUCCCAAAAUUGAAGAAACUGGGAAAAAACUAACCUGCAAAGCCAUAAUCGCAAUGGAAGGAAUACCAGAUGAACGAAAAACCAAAACUACCACUACAACGUUUGAUGUACACUUUUCACCCAAGAAUACCUCCAUUUCCGUGUACCCGGCUGAAGCACUGAAAGAAGGAGACAGCGUGACUGUUUCUUGUGCCUCCCGCAGUGUCCCAGCAGCGACCCUCACUCUGCGCAAGAAGAGUCCAACUGGCGACAGAGAGCUGGAGUCCAGCAACGGCUCACUGACAAUUAAUGAAGCUCAGCUGGGCGACGCGGGGCUGUAUGAAUGUGAAGCCACCAACGAGGUCGGCAGUGAGAAUGCUACUGUCAACAUUUCUGUUGAAGCAAUUCCAUUUAAAGUGGAAAUGGAUCCUCCUCAACGCGAGUUAACUGUAGAGUCGGGGAGCAAGCUGGUUUUGAUCUGCAGAGUCACAGACUGCCCUUCCCCACAGUUCACCUGGAAACACCCGACAGACCGUCCUCUGUAUGAGAAGACUGAGACCAAGGGCAACGAGUCCCGCAUCUCCCUCUCUUCAGUGGGAACAGACCAGGAAAACACCUACAGAUGCCAGGUCAAGUGUGGGUCUGUGGUUAAGGAAAGCUCGACACAAAUAAAAGUGUACUCUUUCCCCAGCGAUCCUGUAAUUGAAUUCCACGUCCCUCUUCAGGAAGGGAAAGAAACUGCUCUCACCUGCAAAGUCCCGGAUGUAUAUCCUCCAGAGUACCUGGAGAUUCAGUGGCUGGACGGGGAACGUGUCCUCAAGAGAGACAACGAAGGAGUCUACGUCAAAAACAACGACGUGAGCAAUUUAACUUCGAUGUACACCUUUGUACCGAAAAUGGAGGACAGUGGAAAAGAAGUAACCUGCAAAGCCGUUUUCAAAAUGGAAGGAAUCCCAGACCAGAAGAAAAGCAAAGCUUCUACAAAAUCACUUCAUAUACAAUUUUCACCCAAGAAUACCUCCAUUUCCGUGUACCCAGCUGAAGCACUGAAAGAAGGAGACAGCGUGACUGUUUCUUGUGCCUCCCGCAGUGUCCCAGCAGCGACCCUCACUCUGCGCAAGAAGAGCCCAACUGGCGACAGAGAGCUGGAGUCCAGCAACGGCUCACUGACAAUUAAUGAAACUCAGCUGGGCGACGCGGGGCUCUAUGAAUGUGAAGCCACCAACGAGGUCGGCAGUGAGAAAGCAAGCGUUGAGAUUUCCGUUAAAGUUCCCCCGAGGAAUACAACAGUGUUGGUGUAUCCAUCUUCAGAGGUGUUAGAAGGACAGAAUAUCACCAUUUCAUGCAAAACCAUCAGCUACCCUGCCCCGACAAUCAUCUUGAAGAAAGUCAGCAAUGGAACGACUUUCUGCUCCAACAACGGCACCUUUGAGCUUUAUUACCUGUCCAUGAACGACACCGGCCUUUACGAGAUCAACGUGUCCAACGACGUGGGCUACGAGGUUGAAGUCAUUGAGAUCCACGUUGGAAAAAGACUUGAGGAGAAGAAAUCUCCUCCUUACCUGGAUAUUUUAAUCCCUACCAUAGCAGCCAUAGUAGCCAUAGUAGCCUCAGCAGCUAUAGUAGCAGCUUCAGCUCUCUUUGUUGUACGCCUCUUAUGGCAAGCAAAGAGUCGAGGAUCCUAUGAGUUAACACAAUUGAAUCCAGCUGCUGUCUAGAGAACACAUGAUUCUGAGCUAUGGAAGUGAUGAAAAUGAAACACCGGGGCAUCUUAUAACUUGAAGGAACUGCAUCCAGCAGGAUGGAGGUCUUGAAUGACUCAAUUGAGAUUGCUUUAGGGGCUGCUGGUGAUGAGCCUUGUUUCAUGAGACCAAGUUUUGAACAAUAGGGGAACUUGAGAGACUUUAACAAACAAGACUUUAACAUGUCAAAGGUUUUGUGAGCUGUUCUUGCUGUAUUUAUAUAGUUCUGUGUUCCAUUUCAUGGGUCACAUUUGUACUGCUGUAAUUACAAAUGUCCGCACUAGAAAAUGAAAGCUUUAUCUCUGUCAGUGAAUAGUAAGGUAUAUAUUGUCUGGGUUAGCACUGGAGGAUGGAUGGCAAAAAUUGUAGUCAAUUGAUUGAAUUCAAUCAGUAACAGAGUUUGACGUUAAGUAUGGGACUGACCACUUGUACUCCUCUUGUACCACUUGUACACUCUAUUUUUAUGUGUAAUAUAUUUAUAUAUGAGGAAAGGAGAGGGAACUGUUUAUAUUUAAACACUAUUUUACAUGGUGGGAAUGCACUGUGCGUUAAACAAUUGUUUUUGUCAAUAUAGAAAAACAUAAACCGUUGUCAUAGUUGUAUGAAAUGAAGGUACUAGGAAAAGCAAAACAUGUGAUUUUUUAUUUUUUAUUUUUUAUUAAUGAAUAAUAUUGAUAUUAUUUUCAUUGUAUAAAAUUUUGUAGAGAAUCUGUAUUUUGUUCACCUUAUAAUGUUCUGAAAUACCGGUUUCACGAAGUACCUAAAUAUGAA